AUGUCGAGCAAAACGAGGAAUGUUCUUGAAGGUUUGGUUAAAGAUAGUUCAUUGAAAUGGUUGCUUGGGAAACAAAGUAGUUUCGAUGAAGAAAUCGAUGAGAUUGAGAAUUCUCCAUCUUCUGGAUCCAAUUGGAUACCUGAGCUUUCUCCAGUUGCAAAUGUUGUUAUUCGCAGGUGUUCAAAAAUACUUGGUGUUUCAGUGAUUGAGCUACAAGAUAGUUUUAAACAAGAGGCGUCUGAAUCUGUAAAGCAGCUUUUGGUGUAUGCAAGGAACUUUCUAGAGUAUUGUUGUUUCAGGGCACUUGCACUUUCAGUUGGAGUAACAGGUCAUUUAGCCGAUAAAAUGUUUCGACGGUUAACUUUCGAUAUGAUGGUUGCUUGGGAGGUUCCUUCUGCUUCUAGCCAGAAAUUACUCAGUGUUGAUGAAGAUCCAACGGUCGGUUUAGAAGCCUUCUCUCGGAUUGCUCCAGCGGUUCCGAUAAUAGCUGAUGUGAUUAUAUGCGAAAAUUUGUUCGGGUUGCUGGCUUCUUCGUCAAAUGGUUUUCGGCUUCAGUUUUCGGUUUAUGAUAAGUAUUUGUAUGGACUUGAAAGAGCAAUAAAGAAGAUGAAGAGCCAGUCUGAGUCAUCUCUACUUUCCGGUGUUCGUUCGAAAGGAGAAAAGAUUCUUGAGGUCGAUGGUACAGUUACUACCCAACCAGUUCUUGAACAUAUUGGAAUAUCUACAUGGCCAGGCCGCUUGAUUCUCACUGAUCAUUCACUCUAUUUUGAGGCUAUAAAAGUCGUGUCUUUCGACACACCAAAGUGUUAUAGCUUAUCUGAAGAUUUGAAACAAGUCAUUAAACCCGAGUUAACCGGUCCUUGGGGUACUCGGCUUUUCGACAAGGCCGUAUCUUACAAGUCUAUCUCCCUACCAGAACCAGUAGUAAUGGAGUUCCCUGAGCUCAAGGGCCACACUCGACGAGAUUACUGGCUCGCGAUAAUCCGAGAAGUGUUUUACGUUCACAAAUACAUAAACAAGUUCAAGAUCAAAUCAGGUGUGGCGAAAGAUGAAGCUAUCUCAAAAGCUGUGCUAGGCAUUUUACGCGUGCAAGCCAUUCAAGAACUCGGUUUAACAACCCCUGUGCAUUACGAGAAUCUUCUUCCGUUCAAUCUCUGUGAUCAGCUUCCUGGUGGAGAUCUUAUUCUGGAAACACUUGCAGAGAUGUCCAGUUCUAGAGUGCUUGAUCGGACAAACAAAGCCAAAGACAUAGGGAGAUUGCAAUCGAUAUCUGCCUCGGAUAUGGUUUCGCAAUUGGGGUUGGUGUUUGGAUCAAGUCCAAAGGGUAGUAGUAGUAGUCUUGUGGUAGGUGAGGUAGUGGUUGGAGAUGUGAAUCCAUUGGAGAGAGCGAUUAUGCAAUCAAGAAAAAACUAUGAGAAAGUGGUUCUUGCGCAAGAGACGGUCAAUGGAGUUAAAGUGGAUGGAAUUGAAACCAAUUUAGCUGUGAUGAAGGAACUGCUUCUUCCGGUUAUGGAAAUCGGUAACUGGCUUUUGUCGUUAGGAUAUUGGGACGAUCCAUUGAAGUCUUUUGCGUUCUGUCUCUUCUCCACUUUCAUAAUUUACAGGGGAUGGAUUGGCUAUGUUUUCGCGACUGCGUUUAUCUUUUUAUCGGGUUUUAUGGUUCUCACAAGAUGUUUCAGCAAUAGAGAGAAAUCAAUGAUCGAGCUGAAAGUUAUCGCGCCUCCUCCAAUGAACACAAUGGAACAGCUUUUAGCGGUUCAAAACGCGAUUUCGCAGCUCGAAGAGAUAGUCCAAGAUGCAAACAUUGUUCUACUCAAGCUCCGAGCUUUACUACUCUCGCUUUUCCCACAGGCGACUGAGAAGUUUGCGGCUGCGAUCGUGAUAGCUGCGACAAUGAUGGUAUUGGUGCCUUGGAACAGUUUGAUGCUAGUGUUGUUUCUUGAACUGUUCACAAGGUACUCGCCACCGCGUAGACCAAGCACAGAGCGGCUGAUACGGCGGCUUAAAGAGUGGUGGUUUAGCAUUCCUGCUGCUCCAGUGGUUCUUGAACAAAACAUAGACAUUAACAAGAAAAGAAAGUAA